AUGGACGAGAUCGCAGGAGAAGCCGGAGCCGGGCAGGCGGCACCACCACCACCACCAGCCCAGCACGUGUGCCCGUCGACGAAACCAAACCCCGAGUUGCCGCCCAGCAUGGCAUCCCGCCAGAAGCAGACGUUUGACGAAAUCAUGGCGGACCUCAACAGGUCGCCGCUGUUCAUGACCGACAUGGAGGAGAACGACGACAUCGCGGCCCUCCAGGCGCUCAACUACGAGGGCACGCCGCUCGAGAACGGGGCCGACUUCAAGGUCCGCGGAAACGAGUGCUUCAAGGUCCGCGGCUACGUGGACGCGAGGGAGUUCUACACAAAGGGCAUCCAGAUCCUGUCGGCGGAGGAGCGCAGACGGGCGGCGCACGGCGAGCCCCCGGGCACAAGGAGCCCGUCGGCCGACGGCGCCGACGAGGCCGCCGCGCAGAGGGAGGUCCUCGAGGCGCUGUACGUGAACCGCGCCGCGUGCCACCUGGAGCUGGGGAACUACAGGAGCUGCUGGGGCGACUGCGCGGCCGCGCUGCGCCUGAACCCGCGCAACGUCAAGGCGUGCUACAGGAGCGCGAGGGCCCUCCUGGCGGUCGGCCGCGUCGCCGAGGCCGACGACGUCUGCGCGCGCGGGCUGUCCCUGGACCCGGACAACAGGGGCCUCCGGGAGGUGGCUGGCGUCGUUGCCGAGCGCGCCCGCGAGGCGGACGCCAGGGCGAAAGGGGACGCCGAGAGGGCGGCGCUCCGAGGGCGGCGCGGGAUGCUGCUCCGGGCGGCCCUCGGGGCGAGGGGCAUCCGGACGCGGACGACGGCCCGGCCGCCGGACAUGGGCGACGCCAAGGUCGAGCUUGUGCCGGACCCGGAUGACCCGCGGAGCAGCCUCGCGUUCCCGACGGUGCUGCUGUAUCCCGAGCACCUCGAGUCGGACUUUAUCAAGGCCUUUGACGAGACGCAGACGCUCGGGGACCACCUGUCGUACGUCUUGCCGCUGCCGUGGGACAGGGAGGGCGUGUACACCGCCGCCGGCGUGUCCUGCUACGUCGAGACCGUGGGAGGGGGCGUGCUCAAGAUGGGGAAGCGGGUGCCGCUGCUCAAGGUGCUGGGCACGGGGAAAGUCGAGGUGGUGGAUGGGCUUGUCAGGAUCUUUGUGCUGCCCAACGACAAGGCGGAUGCGUGGGUGAGGAAGUUUAAGGAGCAGAAGGCGGCCGAGAUGAGCAAGGCCGGUGGUGCUUCACCGUGA